GUCAAUACAAACAGCCUUUUGCAAUUGCCAGUAUCAUAAAGUUUGACAAUGAACCUAAUAAAUGCAGUGUCAAGAUGUGUGCCAACUCUGCAUUGUAAAUCAUCCAAAGUCACCCUCUUUUGUUUGAAAUUUCAAUACCUAUAGUCCUAGCACAGUCAGAUACUGUGUAACGGUCUCCAUCAUUAUCUCAUUAUAAAGUUCGGAUAAUAGUUACACACACACACGAGGGGUCCCCCAUUACAGCUCUUCACAACUACAUAAACUAGUCAAGAAAGUAGGAAAAUUAUCCAAUAUUUCUCUUCCUCCACUUUCUCAGUUGGCAAGAAGAAAUAACAAUGACAAAGAAAAUGAUGGAGGAAGGGAACACAUAUAAGAAGGGUUUAUGGACUAAGGAAGAAGACAAGAUACUUACGGAUUACAUUAAGGUGCAUGGAGAAGGAAAGUGGAAUCUUGCUGCUAAGAAGACAGAUUUGAAGAGAUGUGGGAAGAGUUGUAGGUUAAGGUGGAUGAAUUAUCUAAGUCCUAAUGUGAAGCGAGGCAGUUUUACUGAGGAAGAAGAAGACCUUAUUAUCAGACUUCAUAAUCUCCUUGGAAACAGGUGGUCUUUGAUUGCUAAGCGGGUGCCUGGACGAACUGACAAUCAAGUGAAAAACUACUGGAACUCUCAUCUGAGCAAAAAGCUGGGCCUCAAGAAGCAAAAUAGUCAUCUUGGUGUUACUGGCCUCAAUAACUCCAAGACAGUGAUAGUCUCUGAGACUUCCAGAACUGUAAGUCCUUGUUGUAAUACCAGCAAAGCUUUUGAAGAUGAGGCAAGUAUAGGCACUCAGAAUUUUGGUAAGGCCUCGGACUCGCAAAAAUCAGAAAUCAGCAAGAGUUAUAUUAACUCUUUUUGGGAGUACUCUGAGAGCGACUUAGAUUUAAGCAACCCUGAUGGACUUCUGGGAUGGGACUUUUUUAAUUUUGCUUGACAUUGAUAUUCAUUCCUCUAUGAGGACCAACAAAAUUUCUGUACUAGUUAGUAGUACAAACUGCUUCCUUUUCUUUGGUCAUUAAGAGGUAUGCUUCAGAAGUUCGUUUAUUAUAAUAGAACACAUUUGAAAAAUAUGCUGCACAUGCAAAUUUCUUAGCAAAUGCUAACUUAUAAAGGAGAAAAAAAGAAAAAGAAAAAGAAGAACAACAACAAAGAAAGAAGGAAAGAAAGGUGCAGGCGAGAUUAGUUUUUAAGAUGGACCUAACUUCUAUGUGUAACAAAGAGUAUCCAAACCAGCCCAUGAUGUUUUACAAGUCAACUAACUUUGUGAGACAACUAGCCAAGAAAGCUU